AUAAUGGGAAGGAUGGAAUGAUUUCAAUUUCAAGUUUCAACAUUGUAUUACCCCCCGUUUCUCAUCCUAAACCCUAAAACCCCCGCCAAUAACUCCUCCGUCGACUCUACCAAAUAAAUAGCUUCUCAAAACAGAGCCGCUUUUAGCCUUUCUUUUCGAAACUACUCUCCAACUCCAAGCCCUCGCAACCGCUCAGUUUCGCUAGAGAGAAAAUGGAUCGGUACCAGAAGGUGGAGAAGCCAAAGGCUGAGACACCAAUAAACGAGAAUGAAUUAAGGAUUACAGCUCAAGGAAGAAUGAGGAAUUACAUUUCUUACGCCAUGACUCUGCUUCAGGAGAAAGGUGCAAAUGAGAUAGUGCUAAAAGCCACGGGCAGAGCUAUCAACAAGACGGUCAUGAUUGCUGAAUUAAUUAAGAGGAGGAUUGUCGGUCUUCAUCAGAACACAGCAACUGGAUCAAUGGACAUAACUGACACAUGGGAACCACUAGAAGAAGGCCUUCUUCCCCUAGAAACCACUCGCCAUGUUUCGAUAAUCACAAUUACUUUGUCUAAAAAAGAGUUGGAUUCAUCUUCAAUAGGAUAUCAACCUCCAAUCCCAGCUGAUCAAGUGAAACUGUCAGCCGAGUUUGAAGACAAUGAAGGAGGUUAUAUCAAUGAUGGGAUGGUGGAGUACAGGAAUGGAGGAUGGGAUGGUGGGCGAGGUUAUGGAGGUAGAGGUCGGGGUCGUGGGAGGGGACGUGGUUUACGAGGGCGUGGGAGAGGGUAUGGUGGUGGAAAUAUACAGCGGGAUUCAGGAUAUUACAAUGGUAAUGGUCCAUCAGGACCAUUGCCUGGCCAGGGUCGUGGUCGUGGACGUGGGAGGGGAAGGGGACGAGGUCGUCGUCAAGGUUUCAAAUCUGAUGGUCCAUUCCAGAAAGCUGCUUGAGCAUCUAGCAUCCUAGCCUCUGCAUAACUAUAGCUUUAGAUUGAAACAAACCAGUGGAUGGCUGCUCUACUCAUCGCCUGUCUUAGUACAGAUGGUCUUUAGACAUUAUUUAAAGCUUUGAUCGGAAAAUUGACUUGCAGGAACAUUCUAUAUUGGUUUUCCAGGCCGCAAUUUUGUAGGAAAGUAGGUAGGAUAUUAAUGUUGUACAAUUUUUAGCUUUUUUUUCUUUUCCGGGUUUUUUUAUUGAAAAUAAUUUUCUCGAAAUAAUAGAGCAGUACAUUUGGUCAUGCAAACUCAUCAGUUAAUCGGUAGGCUGUUUACCUUGUUGCUUAGUUUUUUGGUAACCAACUACUCAUCGCAAUAAC